AUGUAUUUUUUUUCCACCAUCAUCUGCAGAAUUUCCCACGUCCUACUUUGCAAUGUAACCCAGCGGGUGUCAUUCUGGUUUGUGGUUACAGAUCCUUCAAAAAAUCACACCCUUCCUGCUGUUGAGAUACAGUCAGCCAUAAGAAUGAAUAGGAACCGGAUCAACAAUGCCUUCUUUUUGAAUGACCAGACCCUGGAAUUUUUAAAAAUUCCUUCCACUCUUGCACCACCAACUGACCCAUCUGUACCCAUCUGGAUUAUUAUAUUCAGUGUGAUAUUUUGCAUCGUCAUAGUGGCAGUCCUGCUCUUGAUUUUAUCAGGAAUCCGGCAACGUAGAAGGAAGAGCAAAGGACCAUCUGAAGUGGAUGACACUGAAGAUAAGUGUGAAAACAUGAUCACAAUUGAGAAUGGCAUCCCCUGCGAUCCUCUGGACAUGAAGGGGGGGCACAUUAACGAUGCCUUCAUGACAGAGGAUGAGCGGCUUACCCCUCUCUGAAGGGCUGCUGUUUUGCUUCCCCAAGAAACUCAACACUUGUUUCUGUGCAACUGCUGAGCAUUAUAAAUUAUCAAGGGCAGAUCAUCUAUUUUGUUUCACCACUCUUCUUUUCUAAGAAAUUUUGCAUGUGCAUGAAAGUAAAAGGCCGUCAUUUAUACCCAUGAAGACCACUGGAAUCGUAAGCUGUUGACUACUCAAAAUAUUCUAAAAUAUUUCUCUGACAACACAAUGUGUAAAUGUAGUCAUGUGGUGUCUUUAGUUAUUGGUUUAAAAGUGCAUUAGUGUUA